AUGUGGAAAGUUCGAAAGGAAUUGUUGCUGAUGCGUUUUGUUGCUUCGUGUACAGUUUUUGUGGGAUUUGGAGAGACGUUGCAUUGGGAUUUUCAUGGCCAACUGGUUUGUACGACCCAUGGCUUCAAGUGGGGUCGCUUGCUUUUUGUUUUGCAGCUCAUGGCCUGUGGAGGAUUUCUUUUUUCUUUUUCUGCUGUGGAUUCUGUUACGUCAUUUAACUUGAAAAAUCAUAUCGGUUUGUUGUGGCUGAGUCAUGACAAGUUGUUGGAAUUGUUUUGUGUGAUUUAUGUGAUGUGGUGA